AUGCGAAUCGUGUGUUGGAAUGUCAAUGGGUUGCGAACAUUGAAAAGCUAUGCGCCAUGGUAUGGGCUGCCGUCGUGGGAGGCGUGCCUAAAAGAGCUGCACGCAGAUAUUGCGUGCUUCCAAGAGGUGAAAAUGACGCGUAAGCAGCUCACAUACGCCAUGUGUGUCAUGGACGACUAUGAGGCCUUGUAG